AUGGCUACACUUAUUCCACCAAACGGCGCUGGAGACGCGGAAAAGGAGUCAUGUACGAGCCCUUCAAGUUUGAGGCCCUCGAGCUGGGUGCACAGUAUACAAGGAAGCCAAACAGACCUGGACUCGACCAGUCCAUCCUUAAGAAAACAAGAGGGUGCAGCGAGCCCGAGGAUAUCGAGCGAUCUCGCCGGCACAGAUACAGACACAGACACGGACGAGCAUGAAGAGCCGCCGCUGCCUUACUCAAAAGCCAGGUGUGUCGCGCUGGUCGUGACCACCACGGGGGCUGCCUUCACAAACAUUCUAUCAAUCCAAGCAGUCGUGAUUGCCCUGCCGACCAUCGGCCGCGAUCUCAACAUACCAGACACGAGACUCCAGUGGGUCGUGUCUUCGUAUGCUCUCUCCUUUGGCUGCUUCCUCCUCCUCUGGGGUCGCAUUGCCGACCUCUACGGCAUGAAAAAGAUCUUUGUGCUCGGUUCCGCAUGGGUCGCUGUCACUACGGCGCUGAACCCCCUCAUCAAAAACGAGAUUGCCUUUGACCUCUUUAGGGGCCUCCAAGGUUUGGGAGCUGCGGCCAAUGUCCCCACAGCCCUCGGCAUUCUAGGAACUACAUUUCGGCCCGGCAAGGCCAAGACGAAUGCAUUUAGCGCAUACGGCGCCGGUGCUCCGUUAGGUAGCAUAUUCGGCACCCUGAUGGCCGGCUUCAUCACCGCCAACGUAUCUUGGGUCUGGGUUUUUGGCGUCACGGCCAUCCUGGCUGGCCUGCUCACCGUGGCCGGCAUCUUUGUCAUCCCGCCCGACGAGCCCAAGCCCAGGUCCACAAACCCCGCGGCCGCAGUCGACUGGAUCGGCGCCAUGCUCAUCACCUUUGGGCUCUUCGUGCUGCUGUUCGCCCUGACGCAGGGAAACAUCACCGGGUGGAGGGCGCCGUGGAUCCCCGUCCUGCUGGCCCUGAGCGUCGGCAUAAUCGGCGCCUUUGUCUACUGGCAGAACUGGCUCGAGAAGAAGGGCGACCGACCCGUGCUCGUCAAGCCGUCGCUGCUAAAGAAGAGCAAAGGCUUCGGCGCCGCCAUGCUGCUCAUGGGCCUCUUCUUCUCGUCCUUCAACGGCUUCCUCGUCUAUGCCACCUACUACUACCAAUCUUACCAGGGGCUCAGCGUGCUCGACACGACGCUGAGGUUCCUACCGACCGGCGUCGCCGGCAUCGCCACCGCCUUCAUCGCCUCGAAACUGCUCCGCCGGCUCCCUGCCUGGCUGAUCCUGUUCCUGGGCAACGUGUGCGUGUCGGUUUCGAACCUGAUAUUCGCCCUGCCCAUCGACCCCAGCACGAGCUACUUCGCCACCGGCAUGAUCGCCAUGUCGCUGAGCGUCUUUGGUGCAGACACCACGUGGCCGACCAUGACCUUGUUCACGUCACGCGCCUUGCCAAAGGAAGACCAGGCGGUGGGCGGCGCCCUGGUCAAUGCCGUGGGUCAGGUCGGAAGGGCCGUGGGGCUGGCCAUCGCCACCGCCGUGCAGGUCUCGGUCAUGGCCAAGGCCAGGGGUACCCAGAUCGAGACUGCCGGGUCUGUCCUGGCUGGUGACGGGGCGAGUCUGGACGGGCUUCGUGCAGCCUUCUGGUUCAACCUUGCCGUGGGAGUCUGUGCGGCCGCCGUCGCGGCAUUUGCAUUCCGCGGAUCUGGCAUCAUUGGCAUACCUGAAAAGACCACAACGGUCAAAUCACCCACCUCCUCUAGUCCCAGUCAGGAAAACUGUGGCAUCAUACCGCCACCACCCGUGGUGGAAGCAAAGCACGGCAACCGCUCGAUUGUCUGA